GUUUUGGAGGCUGGUGGCCCGUGUUACAGGUCACUGGGGAGAGGGGACAAGGGGCAGGACCCUUGCUGGAGGAUGCCAUGGGGGCAGGGGAGAUGGCACCGUGACGUCUUCCUGCCCAGAGAUUUCACUUUCGGCAGACACUGUCCUCUGAGGAGAGGUUCAAGGACCGGGUGAGGUCACAGGGACCCUCAGAUUCAGGCUGCCACACCGCCGGCCCAGGGAACGGCCAUCUGGUUCCUUAAAACUCCCUCCUGGAGUCUGAUGAAAUACUUGAAUAAAAAAGAUACACAGAAUAACUGAAUGCUAACCCUGGAUAUGACAUGCCCCAGAGAUUACCACACAUUCCAUUUUUGUCAUGUCCCUGUAUCUCUGUUUACUUAAUAUUAUUCUUUAAAUUAACUUGCUUUGGGGAGGAGGGUAUAGCUCGGUGGUAGAUUGUGUGCUUAGCCUGCACGAGGUCCUGGGUUCAAUCUCCAGUACCUCCAUUAAAAAUAAAUAAAUCUAAUUACCACCUCCCAAAAAAAGCAAACAAAAAGUUAACUUUCUUUUAGAUUUUUUUCCAUACGUAUCACAUUUCGAGAACUCCUGAUCUUGUCCAGUUCACGUUGUUUUGCAGGUGAGACAUGCGGUGAUUUGCCCAGUCUCACAAAGACGUGGUAAUAUGGGGCUGUGCCUGGGGCCUCCUCAUGAACCGUCCAGAUUCUUUCUGGUGGAAAGUGUCACACUGUCCCGUGUGCAGAAGACAACCCCAAGUGUGAUUCAGACAGUUCAGGUGCCACAUGCAGGGGGGUCCCUCCCUCCUCCCUGAAUCCCUGCGCGCGGCCAGCCUGGGCAGCCGCCCUCGGGAAGCUUUGAGAACCCCUGAUGCUGAUUCUCUGGAACACCACGACACACGUCACUGCUGAGUAAGCGGCUGUGCCGCGUCCACAGCCAGUCUUCUCCUGCAGGGCUGCAGGUCUCCGUUCUGGGACAGCCUGCCCAGGUCUCCGUCUGAGAGGCCCCCUCUCAGGCAUCCGGAUGCCAGCGCCACGUGCCCUGCCCUCCCUGCUGCUGGCCCUGGCCGUGUCUGCCCUCGGCUCGGCCGCGUCCAGAGACCCAGCGCGGGACCAGCUGCUGACACGAGAGAAGGCGAUGCGGGUAGGGGGCCUGCUGGUGCUGGAGGAGGAGGAGCAACUGGCGGACCAGAGGCUCCGGGCCCUCAAGGAGGCUGAGAUGCUGGAGGCGGCGCAGACCGGGACCUUCCCGCCCAGCAUGCACUUCUUCCAGGCCAAGCGCCUCGUGGAGCGGAGUGCGGUGUUCCGGGUCCUGCAGAAGAUGCCGAAAGGGGCGGCCUUACACGUCCAUGACUUUGGCAUCGUGAGUAUGGACUGGCUGGUGAAAAAUGUCACCUACAGGCCCCACUGCUACUUCUGCCACACCCGGAAGGGGACCAUGCUGUUCAGAUUUGCUCACCCAAGCCCCCCGAAACCGGAGCCAGCAGAAUGUUCCGAGUGGGUUUUGCUGGAGAAAGUUCGAAAGGGGCUGCAGAACGUCACUGAGUUUGACCAGAGCAGCCUGCUGAGAAGUUUCACCCUUGUGACCGAGAGCCCCCAGGUGACCUACGCAAACCAAGACAUGGUCUGGGCCAAGUUUCAAACCAUCUUCUUGUCGCUCUCCGGCCUCGUGAAUCAUGCACCAGUGUUCAGAGACUAUAUCUUCCGUGGCCUGGAGGAGUUCUACCAGGACAACGUGCUCUACCUGGAGCUCAGGACCACGCUGUUCCCGGUGUAUGAACUGAAUGGGACGGUUCACAGCCUAGAGUGGUCGGUGAGGACGUAUGAGGAAGUGGCUCGAGCGUUUGCAGAAAAGCAUCCUGGGUUCAUCGGAAUCAAACUCAUUUAUUCGGAUCACCGAUUCAAAAAUGUGUCCUGCAUCAAAAAAUCCGUCCAAACAGCCAUGAAACUUCGUGCCCAGUUCCCCAGGAUGGUGGCUGGGUUUGAUCUGGUGGGGCGUGAGGACACGGGCCACUCGCUGUAUUACUACAGGGAGGCUUUGAUGAUCCCAGCCUUGCAUGGCGUGAAACUGCCUUACUUCUUCCACGCCGGAGAGACAGACUGGCAGGGAACUGCCGCAGACGGAAACCUUCUGGACGCCCUGCUACUGAACUCCACCAGGAUCGGCCAUGGGUUUGCCCUGAGCAAACACCCAGCCGUCUGGGCUGACUCCUGGAAGAAAGACAUCCCCGUGGAGGUCUGCCCCAUCUCCAACCAGGUUCUGAAGCUGGUGUCCGACAUGAGAAACCACCCCGCUGCUGUACUCAUGGCCACUGGGUACCCCAUGGUGAUCAGCUCUGAUGACCCUGCUGCCUUUGGGGCCAAAGGCUUGUCCCACGAUUUCUACGAGGCCUUCAUGGGCAUCGGCGGGGUGACGGCCGACCUGAGGACACUCAAACAGCUGGCCAUGAACUCGCUCAAGUACAGCGCCCUGUCGGAGGGUGAGAAGAAGGUUGCCAUGGAAGCCUGGGAGGAGAGAUGGCAUAAGUUUGUGGCCGAGCUGGCCAGGGGCCCAGAGUGAGAAGAGGCCGUCCGCUGCCCUCUGCCUCCGCUUCCCCCCACACUGUCUUCACGUUCUCCACCUCGGCCGUUCGGAACCCAGCGUGAUCUCCACCUCUGUGUCUUUAUCAGAACCGACCUGUGAAGGUCACCCAGGGCCGCCACGUUGCGGAUCUCCCAGAAACACCCCAUCCGUGGACCACACUCGCCUUUGGAUGCCCUCUGUCGCAGCCUCAGUGACAGGCCCCCUGCUUCCUCGCUGGCCGUGGCUCCGGCCCCUGCACUGGCUCCGGCUCCGCCUGGUCUCUGCGGUCCGCUGGCUCGCCCCUCCUGGCGUCUCUCCUGCUCUUCCCUCCUCUCACGCUGCACGAGCCUCCUAGGUGGUCUUGUCUGCUCCUUCCCUUUUAAAGCCACGUAUUGUUGAUGAUUCCCAAGCUUCAGAUGCAUGUGGAUGGCUCCCAGACUCUCGGAGACCUACUGUGUGCAGCGCUGCCCUUCCAGCCUCUCCCUGGUCAUUCCUGUCUUGGGAGAAGUCCCCUCCUCCCGCUCCACCCACUGCUCAGAGCAGAGAUGGUCAGUAAAUUCUUGCCCCCCCAUCAGAAGGGCCCUUGGAUCCGUCCCCCCCGCCUCCCCCCGCUCUGGGCUCAGUUCCAGCCACUGUCGCCUCUUCUCUGAGUUACGACAGCCUCCUAACCCACCUCUCCUUUCUUCUCUCUGCGCCCCCAGCUCGAUUUUCAAAGAGCAACGGCUGUUUAGCACUAAAUUAAGCCAGGGUGCUCUGCUUUACAACGCGGUGCCCUUAGCAAAGCCCGGAAGUCUCCACAGGGGGUCGCCUCCUGUCAGCCAGGGCCCCCCAGCAGCGUCCCACCCCCAGUGCCCUAGUGCACCAGGCUACCCCCGGGGUCCCAGGCUCUGCCCUGCACCCGGCUCCUGUCUCACGCUCUCUGCCGGGAAUGCCCUUUCUUCCGUUCAGAGGUUGCAGCUUUCCUGUCCCUGUCUCAGAAAGGUUUCCAGGCCCCGUUCUCCCUCGGGGCACCCUGGGCUUUUCCUUCCUGACUCUACUGCGACCCGCCAUUAGGAAUGUAUUUCUGGGGCCUCCGUCCCACCAGACCAGAAGCUCCAGGCAGACAGGCACUGACGACCCGUCACGCACACUGCGAAGCCCGAGCCGGCUCCCGGCCCCGCCGGUCAGUCCGCAGUGGGGGACGCGGACAGGACGGACCUGACCUGGGCGUGCUGGGCUGGCUGAGGCAGGAGCAGAGCGGAGUUGCCCCAAACAAAAGACCCGUGGGGUCAGGUCCUGGCCCCAGCCGGGGCUGUGGGCGAGGGAGGCGAGGGGCCAGCCCUGGCCUCACCCGACCCCAGGGUGUGAAGGAGACCAAAGAAUUCCUCCAAAGUGGAAUGUCUUCUCCCCACCCCAUCCCUGUGCCGAGCCCUCAGGCAGAAGCCAGCCCUCUCCCCGAGGGGACCGCUGGCCCCUGGGACUGGGAAAGGGUCCUCAACCACAGGCUGGUACCCGGAGGGAGCCGGAUGCCCUAGAAGGGCCUUUGAGUCAUCGCCUUCCCUGUCCCAGCAGAGGAUGCACGGUCCCAGCUCAGCUGAUUUAGAUUCAAUAAAUGUGAGAACAGAACUUAGUAGAAUGGGCUUCUGCAGCAGGUUGCCAUGGCCACGGGGGUCUCCCGGGAGCAUAAGGUCCCUGAUUUGGGAAACAAACCAGCUCUGGUGCAUUCAUGCCGGUUCAAUAGGCUGAGUCCGAGCUGACAGCCAGAAACACCCAACGACCAGGUCCUGACUCGCGAGGAGGGCGCGGCUGCCCUCCCUUGGGCCUGAGCGACGUCUCUGCCAGGGGCACGGGGUGAAGCUGGCUGCACUCACUCCUCCUGUGGGACUUCCCAGAGUGCUCUGACAUAGAUGUCUUUUGGGAAGACUUGUGUGUUAGCUGAAGCUUUGUAAACCAAAUCACGGUGUACCUGGAGCGGGGGUGUGGGGCUUGCUUUCUCUGCAGCAGAGCGUUCAGUCUGCAGAACAUCUUUCUGUGAUCUGGAGUCUGUUUAUUUACUUCUCAGAGUGAGGUCAAA